UUUGAUUUAGUAAGUUUUUAUUAGGCUGUAAAUCACUUGGGAAGCUUCAAGUAGUAUAAAGUCAUGUGAUCCAGCUUUGCUCAUACUAUCAAGACCCUCCCUUCCCAGCUGUUUUUCACAUAUUCUUUUGUAUUUAGAUCUUCAUGUACCUUGCCUCUUCUCUACAAAAAGAAAAGUUUUUCAAAGCCAAAAGAGAGGUGUUUUAAAUUUGAAUACCCAACAACCAACUUUAAGCUCUUCUCUUUCUUAAAUCUUGAACGAAGAAGCAAAAGCUUCAGCUUUUGUCUUUCUCUCUCAGUUCAGUUUCUUAGGUAAUUUCUUCUGUUCCUCAAAGGAUGAAUAAACAAGAAGUCAUGAAGAUGCAGACAUGGGUUCUCAAAGUGAAUAUACAGUGUAGCUGUGAUGGCUGUAAGCAGAAAAUAAAGAAACUGUUGCAGAAAAUUGAUGGAGUGUAUGCUACUAGUAUAAAUGCAGAGCAAGGCAGGGUAACAGUGACAGGGAAUGUUGAUCCAACUAUACUUAUCAAGAAGCUGGAGAAGUCAGGCAAACAUGCACAGCUAUUGGGAGCUCAAAAGGGUUCAAGCAAUUUUCCAAAUCAACUCACAAACCAGUUGAAGAACAUGCAUAUGGAUGGUGGCAAAGGUGGGAAGGACAACAAAUCUCAAAAGGGUGGUGGUGGUGGUGGAAAUAACAACCAAAAAGGUGGGCAGCAAUUUGCACCACAGCAUAUGCAGCAAAUGAUGAAAGGGUCCAAAGACCAGAAAUCUGUCAAGUUUCACUUGCCUGAGGAUGAUUUAGAUGAAACUGAUGAUGAUUAUGAUGAGUUCGGUGAUGAGUUGGAUGAUGAAUUUGAUGAUGAGUUGGAUGAUUAUGAUGAUGAUGAGGAAUUUGGCCAUGGGCAUCAAAUGCAAAACAAGAUGGUAGCAAUGAUGGGAAAAGGUCAUCGACCAUCUGGACCUAAUGGUAUGAUUAAUGGCCCUGCCAUGAAUGGUAAGAAAGGAGGCGUUAUUGACAUACCUAUAGUAAUGAAGGGCAUGGGGGAAAACAAAGAUGGGAAGCAUGGUAAUGGAGGAAAGAAAGGAGGUGGUGAAAAGAACAAAGUUGGGAAGCAAAACAAUGGGGGAGGAGAUAAAAAAGGUGGUAAAAAAGGAGGUGGCGGUUUGCUUGGAUUUUUUAGGAAGGACAAAGGUGGAAAAGGCUGUAGUCAUAAGCAGGGUAAAAAUGAAUGGGAUGGUAAAAAUAAGGGUUCCCAUAAUGGUAAUAGGGGCAAUGGUGGUGGAAACAAUAAUGGCAAUGGAGCUAAAAAGGGUGGGGGCAAAAAUGGUGGUGGGGCCCAUGAGAUGAACAAAAUUAAAAAUGGUGGGUUUCUUGAUGUUGAUGUCAUUAAUCAUGGCAAAGGAGGGGGGGGAGGUGGAGGUGGUGGUGGUGGCGGUGGCGGGGUUGGUAAGAAUAUGGCGCAGAUAGGCCAAAUGGGUGGUCAGAUGAGUCAUAUGGGUCAAAUGGGUGGUCAGAUGGGUCAUAUGGGUCAAAUGGGUGGUCAGAUGGGUUAUAAUAUGGGUCAAAUGGGUCAUAUGGGCCAAAUGGGAAAUUAUCCAAUGAGCCAGAUGGCUAACUUUCCUGCAGUGCAAGGACUACCUGCAGCUGCAGCAAUGAAUGGUAUUGGUGGGUACUAUACAGGGAUGGGUCCUGGAAAUCCCUAUAACCAACAUCAAUACAUGGCCAUGAUGAUGAAUCAACAGCGUGCAAAUGCAAAUGGGGGGAUGUAUCAGCCAAUGAUGUAUGCACAACCAUAUCCCCAUGCAAAUUAUGGGCCCCCUCCAAUGCAUACAGCAAAUUCUGAAUCUUAUGCUCAUUUCUUUAGUGAUGAGAACGCAAACAGUUGCAGUAUCAUGUAAAAUUUUCUUAGAUUAGUAAUGCUUUUCAUUUUCUCCCUUUUCUUUUUGGUUUUUGCUUCUCUAGGAUGCUUUAUACAAGGUUGCAAGCUUCAAGAAGACAUUGCUUCUGUUUGGUGCCAAUGGGAAAAUUUUGUUUUCCCUAGAUAAUCAAUCCUCCAAACUCUUUUUCUUUCUUGGGUUUUUUAAGUCGUGGACAAUUAAAUACUAGUAAGGUUACCAUGUAGAAGAAAAUGUAGGUGAAGUUUGAGGGAUCUAGGAUGAAUGGUCAGAAAAGAGAAUGGGGGGUACAGAUCAGUUGCUUUCUCAAAAGAUGUACCAAAUGUAUUUUUAAUGAUGUUGGUUUCAAAUAUGAAAACAUGUUGGGCAUCAAUCCCCAUCUAAUCUUAGAAAAAGGGUCCAUUUGGCUUCAGCUUUUGACUACUAAAUCUUUGCUAUGAUUGCAAUCUUCAAAUAUUAGCUUUGAAGAAACUCCAGCGA